AUGCAAGACUCGAUAGUCAUUGUUGGAUCCGGGGUGAUAGGGCUGGAUGUUGCUCUCAUCCUCGCAGAGAAAGGAUAUGGGCAUCGCACAACAAUCGUCGCGACACAUCUGCCAGGAGAUACCUCCAUCAACUAUACAUCGCCAUGGGCCGGCGCAAAUUUUUCAGCAAUAUCUGGAAGCGAUGCGAAUGCUCUUAUCUGGGAUAAGACCGGAUAUAAACGGCUCAUGAAGCUUGCAGAUACUCAUGGAUCAGUCGCUGCUAUCAGCAAGGCGCAAUCACUCGAGUUUUGGGAUGAAAAGCCAGCUGAGCAGAAGUUGAAGUCCCUUGCGGGCUACUUGGAAGAUUUUACAGUACUACCUUCACACAAGCUUUUACCCGGGGUGAAGUACGGCAUCUCCUUUACUACAGUGACCAUGAAUGCUCCCAAACAUAUCCAAUAUCUCAAGCACCAGCUCGAAGCGCACGGAGUCAGGUUUCUCCGGCGUGACCUAGAUCAUCUAGAUUCUGCUUUCCUGAGCAAAAGGACAAAGAUUAUAUUCAACUGCACCGGAAACGGAGCGCGGAAUCUUCCCGGUGUCGAGGACGAGAGAUGUUUUCCUGUCCGAGGUCAGAUUCUGCUCGUGCGAGCACCGCAAAUCAAUCAAAAUAUCAUGCGCCAUGGCAAAGAUUAUGAGACGUAUAUCAUUCCCAGGCCUUUUUCAAAUGGCAACGUGGUUCUUGGAGGAUUCAUGCAAAAGGGAAACGACACUGGUGAUACUUUUGCCCAUGAGGCGGAUUCUAUCUGGACACGGACAACGACACUAGAGCCAUCAUUGGAUGUGUCGCAAACAGAGAUCCUGGCAUCCUUUGCAGGUCUCAGACCCGGGAGACUAGGAGGCGCACGUAUUGAGAAAGAAGCGUGGUCUGAUGGUCGUCUCGUUGUGCAUAAUUAUGGAGCGGGCGGAACGGGUUACCAGGCUGGCCUAGGUAUGGCAACGGAAGCAGUAGAAUUAGCCCUUCCUUUUUUGGAAAAUUCGAUAGACGGGCUAAAUGGGUUUGAACAAGGGAAGUUGUAG